GGAGGGGGGGGGGGGUCUCGGCCCGUGGGGCGGGGCCUCAUGGAGGCCGUCGGCCUGGGGACCUGCGGAGGAGGGGACGCGGCGCGAGGCGCAGAGGGGCGGCCGGCACCGGAGGCGAGGGUGCACUUCCGAGUGACGCGGUUCAUCAUGGAGGCAGGUGUCAAGCUAGGGAUGCAGUCCAUUCCUGUCGCCACGGCCUGCGCCAUUUACCACAAGUUCUUCUGCGAGAUCGCCCUGGACGCCUAUGACCCCUACUUGGUUGCCAUGUCCUCCCUGUACUUGGCCGGCAAAGUGGAGGAGCAGCACCUGCGCACUCGUGACAUCAUCAACGUUUCCAACAGGUACUUUCACCCGGGCAGCGAGCCUCUGGAGCUGGAUUCCCGCUUCUGGGAGCUGCGGGAUAGCAUCGUGCAGUGCGAGCUGCUGGUGCUCCGAGUUCUGCGUUUCCAGGUCUCCUUCCAGCACCCACACAAGUACCUGCUCCACUACCUGCUGUCGCUCAAGAACUGGCUGAACCGUCACAGCUGGCAGCGGACCCCCGUCUCCGUCACUGCCUGGGCUCUGCUGCGGGACAGCUACCACGGCGGCCUGUGCCUGCGCUUCCGGGCUCAGCACAUCGCCGCGGCAGUGCUGUACCUGGCCCUGCAGGCCUACGGGGUCGAGGUGCCCGCCGAGGCCGAGGCUGAGAAGCCGUGGUGGCAGGUGUUUAGUGAAGACCUUACCAAGCCAGUCAUUGAUAAUAUUGUGUCUGAUCUCAUUCAGAUUUAUACCAUGGACACAGAGAUCCCCUAAGGCCUGGCCCAGGCCUGCCCAAAGAAGCCCGGGACGCUCGGCUGCCUGGGGACGGCACCGCCACGGGGCCGCGAAGGCCGGCCCCAGAGGACCCGCGGGGAGGGCUGGUUUGGUGCUGCUGGAGACGGGCUGGUGAAGGCGAUGACGCGCGCGCUCUGACUGUCCCCGGCCGGACGGUGACGGGAGCCGCGCCUGCAGCGGGCAGGCUGACACCACAGCCUGUGGGGCGGGGCAUCGUGUCCGCUUUUGUCCUUCGAGAGGACGCCGAGUGCCGGCAAGGCGGGAUGUCGUUGCAGGGAGAUCAGAGGAUGGGACUGCGCCCCUGGGCAGCUUUUAAAAGCCACAUUUCUAGAAAGUACGAAUGUGCCACAUAGAUGGAAUUUUAUUUUGUGUAAUAAAAGAUGAUUCAAAUCAA